AUUUUAUCUCGGCUUCAAUGCCUUGCGUUGCGUUUAUGCUAUCAUUCAGUUCUAGUUAAACGACCUCUGUGCCCACAAAAUGUUGCGAUUCCUGCUAUUUUGCGUGUAUGCCUUUCAUCAAACAGUUAAUGGAUUUCUAGACCUAUCAGAAGGAGAUGUAGAACCUGUGGACAAAGACGGAAAAACGUUGCACUUGCAACCUCUUGCGGCUAAACCUGGGAAAUAUGAGAUUAACUUCGGUACGCUAGUAGAUGAAUUCAAGAACAUAGAGGUCCAGCGCCAAUCCGCGUUGAAAGGAAUGUUGCAAAAUCCCGAUGUGACAAGGAGCAACCGGACAGCGAAAUUUCUGGAGGUUGCCAGGGAACUGGAUACAGCUUUUAUGCAAAUACGGAUCUACUGCGAUGCUGCUCAAGUUGUCUUCAAAACUACCAACUUUACCCACCCAGACAAUAACUUCCUUCAGGCAGCAGCUGUCAUGAAAAAAGAGAAGAAGUUGGACGAUCAGAUAAUGGAGUUAUCUGAUCUAUUUGACAGGAUGGAAACUAGUGUUAAAGAUUUGACGGAGGAGGAAUGCGAUCCUUUACAACCUUUCGUGUUGUGUAUAUCAUACGGACAAAUGAAAUUAGAGCAGUUAGCCGCACAAUUCAACAAAGACUAUGAGAAAACUUUGCUAAUCGCCGGAGGAAAAGCUCGGACUUAGCAGAUACCCUUGCAUUCCGCGAGAGUAGCGGCUUGUUAUAAUCGAAUGGCUUGGAGGACAAGGCGCAUAAGUGCAGUUUUUGAAAAAAUGGACCACUAGACAAUGUACAAAAUCAAGCAUUCUGAAACAUAUCUCCCAACAAAAAUUUCAUGUAGAACACAAUUAAAGGAACGAAAAUGGACCAUUAGACAAGGUACAAAUUUCAGUUUUCUGAUACAUGUGCUUAACCAAAAUUUCACGUAAAACACGAUGCGGACAACGAAAA